AUGCGUCAUUGUCGUGCAAAAAUUUCUUUUGUAGUGUUUGUUUUCUUUUUGGUUUUGGAGGUUUGGAAUUCUUCAUUAGCCUCACCUCUAGCAAAUCAUCUUUUACCCAAUUUAACCCCUCAACAUUUGUUGGAAGCAAAGAAAUUUAAUGAACAAAAAAACAAAAUUUCUGCUUCUUCCCAAUCCAUUUUGUACCAUCCUGCCAUGCCUCCUUCUUCUACACUUUCGAAAACAUUGAGUAAUCCUCCAGCAAUAAUUGUGGCUCCCUCUAAACCAAUUACUAUUGAAAAAGAAAAUGGGACAAUCAAAAAAGAGAUUGAAACUUUAAAAAUUAUGGAAAAGGAGAAUGGUUAUCUUCCAUUGGGAGAUUUACUCGAAGAUUUUCAAUCAUAUCAUAUGGAUAAUUUGCCACAAAUUAAAGUUUAUGUUGAAGGAAGUAAUCAACAAUUUGUUAUUCGAAAAGUAGAAAAAAGUUAUGAUAUAUCUGCUCUUUACUACUUACUUUCCUACUACUUACCUGAAGAAAAAAGUGAAAAUGGAAAUUUAACUAAAGAAGAUGUUAUUCAAAUUAUUUGGGAUUUAAAAUAUGGGAAAAUUAAUGCUUUAGUUGCUGUACAGACAAAUGGUAAUAAUUAUGAAUAUGGAAUUGAAGGCUAUAUUUUAUAUAAUUAUGCGGCUUCAAGUACACGCGGAAAGGUCAUCCAUCUUCAAGAUAUUUUUGUAAAGGAAUUGUUUAAAAAUAACCACAAACUUGUGAUGAAAGGAUUGCUUGAAGGAAUUAUUAAAGUUUCCAAACAAAUAAAUGAAAACAUUCCAAAUAUUUUUUGGACAGCAACAAAGGAGAAUAAUAAAGUUGGGGAAAUAUUAAAAGAAUUAAUUCCAGAUAUUAAAUUUGGAGUGCGAGAUUUGUGGAGAUUAGACCUUUCUGCUUUUAAAAAUAUUCUUAACGCUGAUGACGAUAAUAAUAUUGUAAUUAUAAUUUAA